GGGAGGCAGCAGCAGUUGCCUUCAGUUGGCGGAUGUACGGACGAAGCUGCUGGCGGGGACGUUCGUACUGCCGGGGUUGCAGCAUGUGUUUUGUGCAUGGGGUGCCGUACACGCCGUGACAGCCUCCGGAGCCCUGUGGUCCUAUCGCGAGAUCGACCUGGCCUCACAACUGGAGGCCCUGCUGCGCCGCUCGCUUCACAAGCUGGCUCUAGACGUGGCCCGGGGCUGGUGGGGCGGCCAGCAACACCACCCCGGGGGGGCAGCGGGGGCGGGGGCGGGGGCGGAUGCCGCGACUCUGGCCGCCAUACACCAGCGCUGGGGCGACCAUCUGUACGGCAAGGGCGAGUUCGAUGCCGCCAUGACGCAGUAUCUGGAGACGGUUGGGCAGUUGGAGCCCUCGUACGUCAUCCGGCGGUUCCUAGACGCACAACGCAUACACAACCUGACCGCAUACCUUGAGGUCAUGCAUGAGCGGGGCCUAGCCACCUGCGACCACACCACCCUGCUCCUCAACUGCUACACCAAACUGAAGG